GCGCAGAUGUUUAACUGCCAUCGUCAAACCACUGAACGACAAUUUUGUAACGCAAAAAUCAAUGAGUGCGAAGAUUCCGAAGCGUUCAAUUCAAAAUGCGCCGUGGGAUCAUGGGAAGCUUGGAGCGAAUGUUCCGUUACUUGUGGUCAUGGCACCAGAACUAGAACUAGAGCAUUCUUAAAUCCCAAUCAGGACGAAUCCGAAUGCAAUGUGGACCUAAUAAGAAAGGAUAUUUGUGUGGGAGAGUCAGGCGAUGACUGCUCAGUAACGCCGGAUCCUCUUUGCAAGACCACUUCAUGGAGUGAAUGGUCUCCAUGUAGUGCUAGCUGUGAUGAUGGAGUAAGAGUUCGAACACGCCUGUUCUUCUUUGCUGAACAUGAGCAGCGCUGCUCGCAUAUCGCUUUACAGGAAAAGGACAACUGCAUCCUUCAAUCUUGUCGUCGUUUUCUUGAGCAAAACUCUGAAGAAAUUUGUCAAGAGCCUAAAGAAGAAGGACAGUGUGGCGGAACAUUCCCAAGAUACUGGUUCAACCAUGAAAAACAGAAAUGUGAACGAUUUACCUACACCGGAUGUAAGGGUAAUCGCAACCAAUUUGAAACCGAAGAUGAGUGCAAACGAGUAUGUGUACCCGGCUACGAGAUUGAAAAAUCAUCAAUUCCAAAUCACCAACUUAUUGAUGAGUUUGGACCAGCAGAAGUGAACGAUGGAGGUGAUCCAGUCCCAUGUGAGAUGAAUGAAUGGUCACCGUGGACGCAUUGCUCAGUAACUUGUGGACGAGGAAAGAAGACUCGAACAAGACAGAUCAAAGUAACUAUCUCGACAAUUUUAGAUUAUCGAAAAGCUUGA